CAGCAGCGCCAGACAGGGAGGGACAAAACGCUUGGAUAACACACGUACUCUCUCUGCCUCGCAUCGCCUUUUCUCCUCUCAGAGAGGGCACCAAACCCUAAAUUUCUCUCCUGCAUCUCUACUAUUCUUCUUCUCUCUCUCUCUCAAUGCUUCCAUAGCUUCAAAACCCUAAGCUUUCGCGUGUUAUAGGCUUCAAUGUCCAUUAUUCCGUGCAGUGUCUCGUUUUGCUUUCCGAAAGCCAUGGGUGUGGAACUAGGAUGACUUUAGGUCCUAGGAAAUUAAUGGGUUUUAAUCUUUCCAUAAACGGUAUGAGUUUCAGGUGUUAAUCGUUUAUUUUGGGCUGUCAGGUCUCGGUUUAUCGAAACUUGUCGUGGCGGAUCUCUGCUGGUACCUUGUUACUACUCUUGAUCUGAAAAGUAAGAAGCUUUCUUCGAGGAAUUGUGGUGGAUGAUACGUGUCGGAAACAGAUCUUUUGGCUCGUUGGCUCGUGCGCUGUGUUUAGGAAACUCGACGAUUCUCUUUGGCAACUAUGUGAUUUCGUUUAAUCGGAACGUGUGUUUGAUGGGGUCUUGGAAAAGUGAGAGACUUUGAAUUAGAUGAGCCACGGGAAAAUCUCAGUGCUCUCUGUACGUAUACGUUAGUUAAGAGCCGCUUAUAGGUUGAGCCAUGCCGUUCAAGAGUCUUAUUCAGGACAUGAGAGAAGAGUUGGGGAGUAUUUCUAGGAGAGGGUUCGACGUCAGGUUCGGGUAUGGGACGAGGUCAAGGUCGCAUCGCGUGGUUCAGGAUAGUUCGGUUCAAGUUGAUGCUUUUAAGCAGAGCUGUUGGGCGAAUAUGCCGCCGGAGCUUCUGAGGGAUGUCUUGAUGAGGAUAGAGGAAACUGAAGAAAGUUGGCCUUCUAGAAAGAAUGUCGUUGCCUGCGCUGGUGUUUGUAUAAACUGGCGAGAAGUUGUGAAGGAGAUUGUUAAAGUUCCUGAAGUUUCGGGCAAGUUGACGUUCCCAAUCUCCCUGAAGCAGCCGGGACCAAGGGGAUCACUUGUUCAAUGCUAUAUAAAGAGAAACCGUGGUAGCCAAACUUACUAUCUAUACCUCGGGUUAAAUGACGCAGCUUCGAACGAUGAUGGGAAGUUCCUUCUCGCUGCGAAGAGGUUUUGGAGGCCAACUUGCACAGAUUACACCAUCUCAUUACAUUAUGGUGAUGUAUCGAAGGGAAACGGUGCAUAUAUAGGAAAGCUGAGAUCUAACUUUCUCGGAACCAAGUUCACUGUCUACGACGCUCAGCCCACUAACCAUAGAGCUCGAGUGACAAGAAGCCGCUCGAGCAGGCUUCUCAAUUCAAAACAAGUGAGCCCUAAAAUCCCCACUGGCAGCCAUCAGGUAGCCCAUGUCUCAUAUGAGCUGAACGUCUUGGGUUCCAGAGGGCCGAGGAGGAUGCAAUGCACAAUGGACAGCAUCCCAGCAUCUGCCAUGGAACCUGGAGGAACAGCUCCAACUCAGACCGAACUUCUCCACGGCAAUGUGGACAAUUUUCCGUCAUUUCCCUUCUUCAGAUCAAAAUCUACUCGUUCGGAUAGUUUGCCUUCUGGCCCUUCACCCGCACAAAGGGAAGGAGUGUUGAUUUUGAAGAACAAAGCGCCAAGGUGGCACGAACAGCUCCAGUGCUGGUGCCUCAACUUCAAUGGGCGAGUUACCGUUGCUUCCAUAAAAAACUUUCAGCUAGUGGCCACUCCAGAGAAUGGCCCAGCCAGACCCGAGCACGAGAAUGUGAUUCUCCAGUUUGGGAAAGUUGGCAAAGACGUGUUCACAAUGGAUUACCAGUACCCGAUCUCUGCAUUCCAGGCAUUCGCCAUUUGCCUUAGCAGCUUUGACACCAAGAUAGCUUGCGAGUGAAUGGCCCGACUCAUAUGACUGUCGGGGAAUGGCCUGGGGAGAAAGGUAUGAAAGAGAAGAUUGUAGCUUUUAGAGGUGUUUGUACAUAGUGACUGUUCUUGUCUGUGCUCCCAGAUUCCAUUUGAAGACCACUUGCUUCCAUCAUGAAAGAGAGUUUGAGGAGAUGUGUUUGCUGUUUGUCUCGUAGCUUCCCUUGUUUUUGUUUCUUCUCUUUCAACUGUUCUGAAUUUUAAUUUGUAUUUACCGUUCUGAAGGCCCUUCCUCAUGUCUUCUGAUAAGUUCAGCUCCUGUGUUUCUGGUGGAAGUUCAAACUUUUCCAUGUUCUGGCUUCAGACAAGAUCCGAUUUUAAGAUACGUGUGCGUCUUUGGAACUUUCUACUUCA